AUGAUAUUCGAGCAGUUACAACGACUCUAUGAAGCCAAAAUGUACGAGGAUGUGAAGUUGCUGUCCAUUCUGGCAGUGACAAUAACCCAGAAGAACCCGGAUCAGUUCAACUCAACGACUCGCUAUCAGAUAUUUUGUUACCAGGGUGAUGCGUAUUACCAUACAGGGGAAUAUCACUCCGCUAUUAACUCCUACAAGAAUGCCCUCCAAAUUCGUUCGUUCAACAAGAGUAAAGGGAAGAAAAGUUACACUACACAGCCAAUGUCGUUAACUGCUCUGAAGGGUCUGAUAUCCUUAGGCAUGAACUCCAGUGAAGUCGAACAAAUCAUCAGUCAGUCACCUGGCCCUCACAACAAUCCCUCCAUCGAAUGGCUGUCGAAUUGGGUGCAAGCACAGGGCCUAGCCAAGAGUCUAGAGUAUAAGUCGGCAGCCAGCCUACUGCAGAGUAUGGACAGCCAGAUGACGAACAUUGACGUCCUCGCCCAAUCUGCCGAGAUGUACUUCCUCUCUGGCAACUACUUCAAGGCUAUUUCCAUCCGAGAACUGAACCCUCUAUACUACAAGAAGCUAGAUAUCUAUGCAUUCCUACUCUACCAAGAGCAAUUCAAGAAUACUUGCCUCGAAAAGCUGGCCUCGAAGACGAGUAUGUUUCCCGAGUCUGCAGUCGAACCCUGGACCAUCAAUGGCUACUACAACAUCUCAUUUAACAAGGCACCCAAGGCCAUCUAUCUAGCCCAGAAGGCACUUACCAUCGAACCACGUAACUUCGAGGCGGUGAUGAUGAACGGGAUAGCCCUGAUGGUGAAUGCGGAUUACCAAGAGGCUCUGGUGAAGUUCAGAGAGGCCAUUCAUAUCUCGCCCACCCGAUACGAACCCCACUAUUUUGUGGUGGAAAUAUACUGGAAGACAAACAGACCUAAGGAAGCCGUGGCAUGCGCCAUCGAGUAUCAAAGAUUGGCACCAUCCGCAAGAUCCUACACUUUACACGCAGUCAUUCUACUUAAAGAUGGCAGCUCCAUCAGUUUUGAGAAGGCUCGACCGAUCUUGGAGAAGGCCAUUGCGAUCGAUCCUGAACACCUUGAGGCAGUGCUCUUGCUGGCCAGGGUUUAUGAGAAUUCUAACAACUGCCAAGCUGCCAUUAACCUAUUAGAGCAAUGUUCACCAAAGCAGCCUUCCCUGAGGUACCACAAGAUGAUGGCGAACCUGCUCAUUAAGCUGAAGAACAAGAUGAAGGCUCUCGAUCAUUCCAUCACAGCCAAGAGAAUUUGCAUUCUAGAAAGUCAAAAAAAUAAAUUUGAUGAAAUGUUAUUUGCAUGUCUGCCUGCAUCAUGCCAUUUCAGAUUGGAACCCCUAGUGACGAAAGGUUCCAUAUGUAAGACCAGUGAGAUACCUUUGCGAUUCUAUCUGUCAUCUGAUGAAGAUACACUGGACGGGGAAAAAACCAACUUGGGUGACUUCAGUUUAGGUAUUUUGGACGGCAGCUUCAUGAACGAUGUCUCAGACAAUUUGGCCUCCUUUUCCUGA